AUGGCCGCCUUCCUUCGGCUGGUAACUGGCAGUGGUGCUCACAGCUGUUGUGCCCAAGGGCUUGUUCAGAGAAUGUCAGGGAUUAAAAGUCAGCCAUAAAUGCAGAGCAAACUCUUGAGGCCAGGACUUUUAUGGGGACCAGGUGGACAGGGAUUGGCACCCCCCCCAGGGGGUGCCAAUUGACAGGACACUCAGGCAGGCUGGUAGUGCAGCUUAGACACGGCCCACAAAACAAUAAAAACAAUAAAAUAUAAUACUUCAUGGAAAGGGUACAAAAUGAUUAUUAAAAUUACUGGCACAGAGAGAAGGGACAUAAAAAGGCAUUCAAGAGGUGCCUGCUUGUGAAAAGGGAGGGUGCUUGCUGUCCAGCCUCAUAUAACCAACAUAAUUAAUCCAUGAAGGGAUUAAGACCACAGAGUACGCUGUCCUGCUAGGAAGGGUUACCAAACUAUUUGUUAUCACUCUUCUUCCUCCAUGUUAACCCUACUAUAGGGACCUCUGCAGGCGAGCAGCCUGAUAAAGCAGCGAAGACUCUCCUGUUUGUUAGAAGUUUAGCCAUGAUCUCAUUAGUUGCUCCAGUCCGAGUCAUCGUCCUGCCCUCUCCAACAGGAGGAACACCAAAAUCCCGCCUUCCUUCUCUUCCCCCUCCUUCAUUCUCUAACCUACAAGUUCUUGGACUCUUGGUUUGAAUGCAAUCCCCCUCCAAAGAUCCAGCCUGAGAGGAAGUCUUAUUUGAUGGUUGCCUGGCAAUGUCUUGGUCAGGAUCCAACUCCUCCUCCUCUUCCUCCUGGGAACUAAACGCUCCUUCCCUGGAAAUGAGGAGGGGCCCUGGGCUGCUUUCUCAGAAAUCAGACAGACAACUCUCAGCUACAGAGUUAACCUCUUCCUCACUCAGCUCAUCUUCCGAGGCUGACUCGGUGUGCUCGGGGGGUGGGGGGGCACAUUCCUGAUACCUACCAGUAAGGAGGUCUAAGCUGGAUGCUCCAAACUUAGAUCAUGUGGCCUUAAUAAUUCCCACAUAUGAAGUAACAGUGUAGUUAAGUAAAACAACUAAGAACCACAAAAACAAAACAUACAUGAAGCCUCAAAAUAUAUCGCAAUGACAAUGAAAUGCAAUGUAACAUUGUGUGCGUCAAAAUUGUAGUAACACACAUGGCUGUCUAAACUGGGGCCCCAAAUCAAAUCACAAUCUUCAUUGUUACUGUUAAUGAUCAGCAUUGAAGUGAACCCCCAUAAAACCUUCAAGUCCAUCCAGGGGGUCUCAAAUGGCCUUGAUACCAGGAUCAUAUGUGGUGACCUAAUCACUAUCUUUUCUCCAGCUCACUUCAAGCCUCUCUUUCCAUCUAUUUCCCGCAGCACUCCGAGUUAAGGCUGAAAGAAGAGACUUGGGAAUAUGCCCCACUCCAUGGCUGGAGGUUCCAUCUGCAGCGGCAUCCCAGCGACAUCUUUCGCCGGCGAUGCUGGCACAGGAAGCUCAUCCCGAUGUCGCCCAGCGGUGUGGCCUCCAUUUUUCUCUUGGAGGGUUCACUGGUAAGAAAAGGCAGGUGCCUUCUGCCUCAGCUGUGGCACAGCUGGCAAGUGAUUCAGAGGACACGAAGUCAGUCUUUUGGCUUUCAAAGGACUCGUCCACGUAAUUUCUAGGCACAGGUUCAUGAUGUGUAGGCAAGGGUCUGAGCAGGGUUUUUUUGUCCUACCGCUUUCGCCAGGGAAACAUGCUAUUUAUAGCUGAAUCAGACCAAAUGUCAAACGGGUUUUCCAUGGAUUGACAUUUGUUCCAAUUCCACAGGUGAGCCCUAAAUUGAAUCUUGACUGCUGGAGAGAGACAGAAAUGGUUCAAUAGCAGCAUCACCAAUUCUAUCCUCAGUGCAUCCAUGACAGAAGCUUCCAUUCAUUUCAGUAAAAUUCAGCAGAGAAGUCUUGGGAUAAGUCACAGUGUGACUCAAGCAGAGUUAAGCUGAAAUGUCUAGAAGUGUUUCUGAAUUUCUUCUUUUUCCACCCUUGUAGAAAAAGAUUUGCAUUUUUUUCUGAAUAUUCUCUACUGCUUUUUGUGUGGCCACCAUUUCUCAACAAGCACACACACACACACACACACGAAGGUAAACAAGUUUUCCCGUCAUCAGGGGGUGGGGUUUCAGGGUUCUCCCCCCCCCCCACCAUGACUAGCAAAACUGGAAUAAAUUUGGCAAAAUAGCUAAAAGGCAAUGUUUAAAAACGCAAAAUAAAAGAAAUUGUGCUCCUGUGCUUUAUUUGCAUGAUUUGUAUGGGUAACAGGGUUUUUUUUAAAGUGUACACUUAUGGCAUUUUUUUUUAUUAAAAAAAAUUAUGUCAUCUCUUUUCAGGGUGUGGAAAUUGAAAGCCAAUGGAAAAAUAAGAAAAUUGAGAUAGGAAAGAGAGAAGAAAAGAAAGAUGAGAAAGAGCCAGAAAAAGCUCCCUCUCAAACCCUCCUGAAGAAGAACACCCCACUUAUCUUCUGCAUGUUCAAGAGUGAGUAGUCUGUGUUAACAGGCCUUAGCAGCUUGGGUGAAUGAGAAUGACUUACAGUUUCUGGAGUUCGAAGGCUUUAUUCAUGCAGGAACUAUUUACCUGAUGAGUGGAUAUAAGAGAGAAACAGCAGACAUAUUUUAUGGAGAGAAGAACAAACAUCUUUUAGGGUUGGAGUUAAAUUAGACAUAGAGGCUUACAAACACUGUUGGCUAAAUAGCUACACACUAAGUGCCCUCUUGCAGUUUAAAGCAAUUCAUGCAUUAACUACAAACUCAAAAGAAGGAAAUGCAUAUGCUUUUCUCCAACAGUUUGUCCAAAUAAGAGCACAUGGAAAAAGAAGGCUGUCCUACUGCACAUAAAAUAACAAGUAAAUAUCAGAUUCCAUGACAGAUACAAUGGUCAAGAAACAGAAUCAAGUGGAAAGAAAAGUGACAGAAAAGAAACCACUGGUAGCCCUGAUUGACCCCACAUUGAUUCCUGAACUCCAGAAAUUUUCCCAAAUAUGAUAAUUAAUUCUAUGGCAAAUAGUGCAUUCAAAGCUUACAUGGAGCAGUCAUAAAUCUAUAGAAUACAUGCCAUGGUUUCUAUGUAUGCCACCUUGAACUCCUUGGAGGAAAGGUGGAAUAUAAAAGUAAGUAAAAAAAUUAAUAAAACAUGAAUUUAGGAACUGUAAAAUGAUGAGCCAGGCUUGGGCUUUAGGGGUAUCCAAGACAAAGGACUGUUAUCCAGAGACAGAUUUAAAGCAGCGCAUCUGGUUCUACCACACUAGGCGCUGAGCCUAGAGGGUGACACAGGGCUCGCAAGUACAACAUAGUGAAUUGAGCAGAACGGAGGGCGAGAGGAGGGCAGUGCUGAACUUUGGGCUCACAUAAGGCACUGCUGAAAUAUGAAAGGCCAAAGUCUGCCCCUGCUGUUACCCCUCCCAGAUGUUCUCCCCUUUCUCCAGGACUUGGCCGAACUGCUGGAUCACCUCCAGCUGUGACACUUGGCUGUUCUGUGCCUGCCAAGAGCAAAUGCAAAACCAGUUUGCUAAACCAAUGUAUUUUAAAUCUAUGCAAGUUACAUUGACAUGAAUUGAAAGCUGAUCUUCUGAUGAAUCAAAAUGCCUAGAGUGUCCUUGUUUGUGCCACUUUUUGGAUAUUUUCUCCCUGUUCUGUUUUUCGUUUUCAGUGGUCACUCGGCAUUCCACGGCCACUGAGCAUGCUCAGCACUUAUUGGGCUGUAUUGAGGCAGACGCAUCCAUAGGGGGGUGGUUGUAUUUUGAAAGAUUCUUUUCUAUUUCUGUAAACCUUGGGGUUCUCCCAAGCAUUCUGAGGCAUAACUCAUCCCCUGAGAUGGAAUGAUAUUGUGGACAAGGAGACUCUCUAACAGAGCAAGUAGGGAGUUUGCAGAGAAUUCGGACAAAAACAAAAGCAGGAGCAGAAAUUGCUGGUGCUUGCAAAUUCAUCCCAUGUCUGGAACGGUGAUCCCCACUCCACCAUUCGCAAUGCAUUUCCUUUGCAUUGAAAUGAAUGGGGUGGAAUAACAUAAUGACAACAUAACAUAUUUAAUCAAUUACAUAAGCUCACCACAAUGGACAGCGAGGUUUUUGGUGGAAGAUGAGCAGCGGCUUGCUAUGAAUACAGAGCGAAAUGGAAAAACUUUGCCUUCCUACAUCCCUGUUUGCAAGUCUGGGUGGUAUAUUGUAGCCAAACUAAAAGGAAAGUGCAGUUCUUUUUUCUUCCUUCCUCCUUUCAGAUCCUGUCUAUUUCCAGUUGCGCUGCUACAUCUACCAGGCAAGAGACCUAGUUGGAACUAGUGCUAAGAGUUCUGCAGGUAGGUGCAAUGGAAACAAGUAAUUGCAUUGCAGGGGUUGGACUAGAUAACCCCUGGAGUCCCUUGCUACUCUACCAUUCUAUGAUUCCAAGUCCUCUGCCCUCCCAUGCCCUCUAUCAUUCACUCCUCCCUGUCCUCAUCUCUUUCCUCACAAGAGGCCAUUUCCCUAGAGGCACUCAAAUGCCUAUGUUACGCUUUGAAUUUAGGAGGGGCAGAAUCUUGGUGUCCCCUCCCAAGGUAAUUAUUAUUUUUCUGGAGCUCAGGUCAGGGCAAAAAAGCUGUGUUGCAAGAGAUCCAGUAUUGGAUCUCCUGCCCUCUUCUUCUUCAUCAUCUUCAUCUUUGUCUUCUUAUCCUCAAAUCAUGCUCAGACUGGAUCAGGGCAACAGUGCUGUUUUUUUAAAAGCCAUUUCCCCAUCUAACAUCCCCCCCCCACACCCUCCCAAUGUUGCUUUUAGCUCCACUUAGGAAAAAGUACAGCUAUCUGUAGAUCAUUCCUCUCUCCUCUCCCUCCCCAUUUGCUUUACCAGCUGCUUUUGCAGGGGGGGAUUUAGAGCAGGAAAGUGGCCUGGGGGAAAGAGUUGAUGCUUACAGCACAGUACAGUUGGGCCAAUCCAAUGGUGGGUUGGGAGUGCAAAUGUUGAGAAUUCUCUGCUGGAGAUCCCUAGACUCACCCACCUUAAAACUAGAGUUCCCAGAAUUCCCAAGAAAGAGGGGUGUGUGAAUGGCUAUUCAUCCAUUUUAAGCUUAUAGCGUAGUGUUAUCUUGGAAAACAUGUAGGUGAUAUUUGACUCUGUAUCAGUAAUUCCUCCAUCUCCUGUUAUUUCCUCUCUGCUAGAUCCUUUGGCCCACGUUUCCUUCCUUCACAUGAGCCAACAUACCCAGACCAUCUCUGGCACGCUGCACCCCUGCUGGGACCAGACCCUUAUCUUUGAAAACAUCUUGAUCUAUGGAGACCCUCGAGCAACUGAGCAAGAGCCGCCUGUGGUGGCCUUGGAGGUCUUUGACUUUGACGCAAGUGUAUGUGCAUAGGAAGUUUCCCUACACUGAGCCAGACCAUUGGCCCGUCUAGCAUGAUAUUAUCUGUAUGCUGACUGGCAGCGGAUUUCCAACACAGUCUUUCCCAGCCCUACCUGGAGAUGCCAGGGAUUGAACCUGGGAACUUCUGCAUGCAAAGCCGAUGACCUAACCCUGAGAUAGGCAUGGGGCUCUCUUCACAGGCCCAUGAAGUCAACAGAAAAAGGUGGCAAGCAAAAGGGCAACUGAAAUUCAGGCAUCUCUUUUCUGGCAUUAUUAACCUGUGAUAACAGCACCGUGGGCAGUCCAGAAGGCAUUCCCGGGUGCUUUCCCUCCAGCCUUUUAUCUUGAGUAACAAUUUAAGAGCCCUGCUAUAUCAAACCAAAGACCCACCUAUUCAGGCAUCCUGUUUCCCAGUUAAUCUAUCUCUAGGAAGUCCACAAGCAGGACAGGAAGGCAACAGCCCUCCUCUUUCAUUUAUCCCCAGUAUCUGAUAUUAAGAGGUAGACUACCUCUGAACGUGGAGGUUCCAUUUGGCUAUCAUUUGUAAUGGUCCCUGAUAAGACCCCCUCCUCCAUAAUCAUAGAAUCAUAGAGUUGGAAGAGACCACAAGGGCCAUCGAGUCCAACCCCCUGCCAAGCAGGAAACACCAUCAGAGCACUCCUGACAUAUGGUUGUCAAGCCUCUGCUUAAAGAACUCCAAAGAAGGAGACUCCACCACACUCCUUGGCAGCAAAUUCCACUGUCGAACAGCUCUUACUGUCAGGAAGUUCUUCCUAAUGUUUAGGUGGAAUCUUCUUUCUUGUAGUUUGGAUCCAUUGCUCCGUGUCCGCUUCUCUGGAGCAGCAGAAAACAACCUUUCUCCCUCCUCUAUGUGACAUCCUUUUAUAAAUUAGUCAACUUGUAAAUGUGACAAAACACCACAUCUCAUGGCAGUGAAUUCCAUGCAACAUAUGUCAACAAACACUUUCUUUAGUUUGGGGUGACUAAUUUUUUUCCAGCCCAGGAGCCAAAUUCAUUCUUGGUCCACCCUCCGGGGGCCACAGGUCAGUGUAACCUUCUAGAGUAAUUGUGAUUUCCAAGGAUGCUUUUGAUAGACUUGGAUUACCUUCUGCCUGUUUUAUGUUUCCCUCUUAGCAAAGAAAUCACUCUCAGACUACUGAGUAAACAAGAAAAAGACAAUGUUUACUCAUAUCAAAAUACUUGCCAGAAUUCAAGAGCUAUACUGCUGAAAAUAAGGCAAGCAAUCCUUAAAUGUUACAAAUAUCCAUAAGUCCAGUUCAAAAUGGAGAUUGCUCUCUGGUAAGGAUGGAGAAGAAAUUUAAUUUGGUUCACAUUUAAAGGCAAAUCUACCUAAUUCCCAGCACUUCUCAACAACACACAAACAGAAACACACACACCCCUCAGAAUUCACACUUCUUUGAAUUUUGCAAUGUAGUUCUCCCUCCAUGUAACAUGUACAAAAAUGCAUAUGUUUGAGUAAAGUGUUCAUAAAAAUAUAUGUGAAAAUAACAUAGAAAAAUGCAUUAUAUUAGGAAACACUGCUUUGCAGAAAUGUAAGUGUUAGGCAAAAAUGUAUACAGUUAGGAGAAAUUUGCACUGAGAUGCAUAUGAAUUUUCAUGAGAACUUUUUUGAAAAUAAAAAUCACAAACCAAUGUGGAAAUGGGGAGAACUGAAUGUAAGAUCAGAAAAGAGAGAAACUGAAAUUGAUGGAUUCGCCCACCCCAGUCUCUUUUAAACUUGGCCUUCCCCAUCCUGGUGCCCUCCAGCUGCUUCAGACUGUAAUUUCCACAUAAGGGAACAACUAGAUUAUAUCACCAAGUACAGUCUUCAGCAUGUCCAACAUUUCCUGUCUGUUUGCUUUCUGACCCUACACUAUUGCCCACAUACAGGCAGCCAAAUCUACUAUUGGCUUUUAACCACUCCUCUUGCACACCUAGCCUGGAAAACCUUCACCCCUUGUUCUGCGUCUCUUUCAGGGCCACUCCCAUUAUUUCAUGGGAAGGAGCUUGUGCAUCCCAAGUGUGCACCUGGAUCUCAGCUCACGAAGACUACCCCGCCUCCAGAAGUAUACAAUCAUCAAAGAACAGGAGGAUUCCGGACAGCUCCUGGCUGCUUUUGAGCUUCUGUUGGACAAGAAGGUAACAAAUUAAAUUAUGCCUUAUGGCAGGUUAUGCGUUAGUAUCAUGGACUGGUGUGAUGCAGAGGAAUGGUGGAACUAGCAGGAGAACUCUCAAGGGAAGAAGGCACAGAGUCUGGGCAGUGGUGGUGGGACAACAGUGAGUGGUCACUGGGAGAAGUGGGAGAAGCCUGGAAAGUGGUGUCAGAAGCUGGAGAGGUAACAGGUCUCAGUGAGCUGGGAGAGUCUGUAGCAGAGUCCAGAAUCAGAGUCAUAAGCUGAAGCAGGAAAGUGGGAUGAGGGAGGCCAAGAGGCAGAGAUGAGUCAGGCAAAGUGACAGGAGUCCGUCCCCCCUUCCUGCUCCGACAAGCUCCCCUCUCCUGUGGUCUCCCAGGAACACAAGAAGCAUGAAAAGGGUGGGGGAGAGGUUGACUUCAUGCAAACACAGUCUCCAAUUGCUUGAGAAAGGUCCUGGAGAGGAGGGAACUUAGGUGGCUGUGGUGAGGCAGAGACUUUCAGGCUUGGCAACUGAUCCAGGAGGCAAGACCUACCAGACAUGAGCUGCUGUGCUCAUUGGGCCUGGCAUUCCUCUGUGCAGACUCUGUUCUUGCUAACAGAAAGUUCACUCCAGCUUCAGCGGUGUGAUUUACUGCUGGCUCACUCCUGACAUUUAGUUACACCGGAAUAAACCCAAAUUAAGCUACAACUCCUUUAAAAAACUGGAUAAAAGAGUCAUGCAGUCGCAAGCAACAAUUUUCUUUGAGUUUCCCAGAGGCUCUAAAGCAGCCUUCACUAUCCCUGGUGCCCUCCAGAUAUUUUGGACUACAGCUCCCAUCAGUUCUACUCCUCACAGCCACCUUCUCUGGGGAUGAUGGGAGUUGUAAUUCAAAACAUCUGGGAGGUUUGAAGGAGCAACCUGCUGCCCCAGCAUCAUUUCAAAAGCCUUCUGCAACCAAGUGUCUCAAAGCUCCAGCACGUCUAAGCAGGGCAAAAGAAAUUUGUCUACUACACCCUACUCUCUAGAUUUCUACUCUCCAGAUUUGCUCUCAGGGGCUCGUAAAGCCAAUAGUUAUCCUCCAGCUAAAGACUAAGGAGAAAAUGUCAUUCAUCACUGGCUAAAAAAAGAAAAGUAGAUCUCUGUUCAGCAGAGCUCUUCAUCCUCUCUACAGGAUGGAUCCUUAGGAAAGCUUCCACCGCCUGCAUGGAAGGAUGGGACAUACAUAAUCCCAAAAGGAAUCCGGCCCAUCUUAAGGCUGAUGGCCAUUGAGGUGAGUGUAAAGCCACAAGAUGAUAUUAUUAUUAUUAUUAUUAUUAUUAUUACCCUGCCCAUCUGGCUGGGUUUCCCCAGCCACUCUGGGUGGCUUACAGCAUGCAUUUGGGGGGGGGGGGGGGAAUAAAGCAUCAUGAAUUUAAAAGAUUGCACGGGGGGGGGUGUAAACUCCACAAUUAUCAUUUAAUUCUUCAAAGGUUCAGGGGAAGUAAAAUGGAUGGAUUGGUCCAACCCUGCAGCCAAUCCAGAAAGCAGAGCCUCAGGCCCUGUGGCCCCACUUUCUGCUGAGCUGUUGCUUUUAUAAAUAUUUAUCACUAUCUUCCCACAGAUCCUGGCUUGGGGCCUGCGGGACAUGAAGACCUACAAUCUGCUGGCCAUCAGCAAUCCGAGUCUCAUCAUAGAGUGUGGAGGAGAAACGCUUCAGACGCCAGUCAUCAGGAAUCUGCAAGAGCACUCCAAUUUUCCAAUCAAUAUCUACCUCAUGAAAGUGGUGAGUGGGCCCCUAGCAUAUGGCAGAGACAGUUUCCAAGGGCAAAUCUUAAGACUCGAGAUGAAACUAACCUCUCCUCCAAUAAUCAUCAUCAUCAUCUCCACCAUUUUAGAGUUUGCUAAUCAGAUUUUAAAAUCCACAUUUUCACUGUGACCUUUUGCCUCAUGUCUCCUUUACUAGCUAUACUUUUCCUCCAGCCCACCCAUGAGGCAAGGUGAGGCGACCGCCUCAAGCAGCAGGAUUCACAGGGGCAGCAAAUCUGGCCUCCAAGGAAUGCAUUGCCCACUGCUGCCCCCACGGUGUACCAACAGUUGCAGCGUGCUCCCUGGGGGCUGGAUCUGCUGCCUCCUCAGCAGGCCCCCCAUGCCACCUCCACAGUAGCUUCUUAGAAACCUAUAGAAUUGUAGAGUUGGAAGGGACCCAUGGGAUCAUCCAGCCAAGCCCCCUGCAAUGCAGGAAUAUUCAGCUGUCCCAUAUGGGAUCUUGGUGAACAGGAGGCACUGCUGGUCUCCUCCCACCCUUGUUCCAGAUGUAGAUCUUCUCUCACCCUUUCUUCCCUCGUGGGAGGAGAGGGGAUGCCAUUUUGCGGUUUGCCUCAGGUGACAAAAUGUCUUGGGCCUGCCCUGCCUCUAGCCAAAUUGGUAGCGUGUGUCGUCAAGAGCCACGAAUGCUUAUCUAAGCAAGCAUCUUUAGGCCAGGCAUGCUCAUUUAAAUAGGCAUCUUUUUAAUUACUAGCUAUACUGAAACCUUAGAGGUGUAAUCUCCUCCCUUGAACAGCAUGACAGUAUGUGCCCAGCUGUCUUUGUCUCAUCAUUCCUCAAAUGGAUCCCCCAGCCGUUCCUCUCCUGGAAAAACCUCAUGCAGCCCCUCCUGAUCUCUCUUAGUACCUGCCUGUGGAUGAAGAUUAUGCGCUUCCUAUCGAACUGAAGGUGGUAGACCACAGAGAGUUUGGAUUUAAGCCUGUGGUGGGCCAAGCGACUGUGAGAUCCAUGAGCCAGUACUACUGUGACCCCUGGGAAGAAAGGAAGGCCCAUAAUCUCCCUGUCAGAGGUAGGCUCCACCUUACAGGAGUGAGUUCAUUUCAUUUUCUAUGCUGCUUUUCACUCACAUGAGUCACAAAGUGGCUCACAAUCAAUCAAUGACAAUAACAUGAUAGAACACCACAAUUAUAGAAUAAUUAACAAAUAAUCAGUAAAACAAGCACCUUCUAUAAAACACUAUUAACAAAACAACUAAAAAAAUAAGCUAAACAGCACAGCCACAACACAGGUCAUGUUAUAAGACUCACAAAGCACUACAGCACUCAUAAUCUACAAUAUUAGCCACAUUAACAAACUAACAACCAAAAACAAACUUAAGUGCUGCUGAGUUCCAUUGCAAGAGUUUAUUCUUAGGGCUGAACAGAGCUAUAUUCCUGGCUGCAAACAUGGCGUUGGACUCCCCAGUUGCCUCCAAACAGCUGCAAAGUGGCAAUUGGGGAGAGAGGCUGCAGAGGAGCCGCAGGGUGUGCUUAACCCUUUCCCACCUGUCACUUUCUCCCUGCAAACUUCUCCUCCUCCUUCCACCAGCUGCUUUUGGUUGCAGCACAGGAAAUAUAGGUCUCCAUGCCGGCCACACACUCUCAAGGCCACUGCAAGGACAGAAAGAGGAUAGCCUCAUGUAUGUCUUUGUCAGCUCCGGGGAACAGGAGUGCCUUGCCCAGUGGAGCAGAGCCACAGCAAUAGCCCAUAGCAGCAGUGCCACUGGCGCUUAGCAAGUUUUGGUUUGUGCCAAAGGACUGAAUUGGCUCUGCCAGUGUACCUGCACAACCCUGACCUCACUGCCACCUUGUCCUUCCCAGUAAGCGGCAGCGAUGCCACUUCCAGGAGGCUACUCCUGCUGCGCCACUGCCCAAGUCACUCCUGGGAAGGGUGGGUCUGAAGUGCCUUAUGGGUUGCUUCCACAUCUGUGUUGUGGGUUACCUGGCCUUGCAUGCCAGCUGCAUGGUCUGGGAACACCGGUUGUUGCUGUAACUUAGGUGUGAGGAACCUGUAGCCCUCCAGAUGGUUGCUGAACUACAUCUCCCAUCAGCCACAGCAAGCAUGGACAAUGGCCAGGGAUGAUUGAUCCCUGCCUGAGAGAACCAGGAAGCCUCGUGGAAGUCUCUCUGAGCUUUCCAAAGGAUGAGCAAGCUAUACUAAACUAAUGGCUGUCCACCUCCUAAAAGCAUUUGCAAGCAAUUUUGUUCCUGCUUGUUUCCACUGUCAAACCUUUCAAAGUUUGCUAUUAUUAAUUCCACGUCUUCUCAAUUUUUCCCUUCCCCAAACAGCCAUUGCCAAGACAAAGAGAAAGAAGGUAAGUGUUGCUGCAUCUCAUUGUUUUGCCACUAUUUGAUUCAAUUCCUUCCUUCCUUCCUUCCUUGAAGAAGGUCUACAUUUAUCAGGCUCUCUACAGGCCGAUGGAAAGAAUGAACCUUUAAGAGCCCUGGUCUCCUCCUACGAUGGUGGGUUUCCAAGGGCUAAUUGAUACUUCCUUUUGAGCCAUGUUUCUAGGCACAGGUGUGUGUGUGUGUGUGUGUGUGUGUGUGUGUGUGUGUGUGUGUUUCCCCAGUGCUUUCUCCUUGGAAACAUGCUCUUUACUGCUGAAUUGGAGCAAACAACCAUCCAAAUUGCUGUUUGUUCCAAUUAGUGUUAAAGAGCAGGUUUUCCUGGGGAAAGCAGUGGGCCAAAAAAGUGCUUGGACACGGCAAUUUAUUAAAGCACAAACUUGUGCCUAGAAAGUGUGGGGUGGAAGGUAAGUGUGGGUGAGCCCUAACUUCCCAUGUUCUAUAUCAAUGUAUUUUGGUAUCUCUGAGAUUCUGAAAGUAUUUUUGGUUGCAUGAAUUUUGCAAGCAUGUUCACAUGGGGUGCUGGCUGGGCUUCUUGGGCCUCAGCAUAACCUUGCGUCAACUAUGAGUGAUCCCCCAACAGCACACCGCACAUGCCUCUGCAAUGGAUUGGUAGCAGGAGGGAAAGCCUCAUCCAGGGAAGCUCAGGUCUUCUUCAUUCAGGGCUGGACCUACCAUUAGACAGAGUGAGACACCCACCUCAGGCAGCAGAUGUUUGGGGACAGGGAGUGGUGGGCUGCAAACCCUCAAGGAUUGUGCUGGCUCGGAAGCUCUGCGGAGUAGCCUACACAUUUGUGUUGUGUGCAUGCCCCGAAGCAUAGAUCCUACACCUUCCUGCUCAGUUCUCAUUCAGCCACCAUAGCAGGUGGAACGGAGCAGAUUCUUUCUAGGUCCUUCAUCCAAGCAGGUUAAGCUAUUGCCAAACUUCCUGUUUUUCUUCUUCCUUGCCUUCCUUUCCCUUUUUCUCUCUUUUUAAGGCUUCUGUCUUUUGGUUUUGCAUUUCACUUCCUUAGCUUUAGCCACUUUUCAGGCCACAGCUUUGGCACAGAUGCUGCCAUGUAAGUAGUGGUAGCCAAAAAAGCCUAGUCUCCCAGGGAAGAGAGAAACUAUGGGGUUCCCUUGAAGGAGGAACAAAGUCGGGUGGCUGUUGGGCUUGUGAGAGUUAUUCUGCUGCUUCUUGCAGGAGCUGGGCAAAGCCUACAAGGCCUGGUUCUGGAAAAGGCCCUUUAGGAAAGAAGAGAAGGUAAGUCAUGAUGCCAUCAAAGCUAAGGGUCAUCUUGAUCGUGGGUGCUGGAUCCGUACAGAUCUGGAGGCUCCCAAGCCACUCCCCUGCUUGAUUUCUUGUUGAUUAGGGAGGGGGGUAAAUUGUGAUGUGGUGCUUCAGUCAUCAAAACAAAGACUGGUGACUAUUCAGAUGGGGGGGGGGCGUAGAAGGAUCCGUCAUAAAACCCACAAGCAUCGCAAAAUGUUUGGGCUAUUGUGCUGCCUCCUAUAAUCUGAACAUAUUCUACAGAUCAGAUCCCACAAGUCAAGUUUGGAUCCGAACGAAUGUUGUUUUGCUCUGAGAGCAUGUGAUGUGGAGGUGAACUGAAUUUACUUCUCCCCAUGUAGGAGAUGGAAGAAGAGGAAGAGGAGGUGGACUGGUGGAGCAAGUACUACGUGACUAUGGGAGAUCUGUCAAAGAGUGGACAUUACCUGGAGAAGGGCUUUGAUAGUUUGAAGGUGCCUGUGCUGUGGGGGGAGGGGUAGCAGCCCAAGCAGAAUGCAAGGCAGAAUGGCAGGUUUCCUCAACUAACAUCUGUCCCCAAACUCAUGUUUGUAGAGAUACUGCAGGGAUCUAGUUGUUGUUUUUAGGGUUAUUAAAGCAAAAAGGAUUGUGAAGAACUCCAAAAGGAUCUCUCCAAACUGAAUGAAUGGGCAGCAAAAUGGCAAACGCUGCCAUUCUGUGUAAACAAGAGUGAAUGAUGCACAUAGGAUCAUUAGGGAAGGAAUUGAAAAUAAAACUGCCAAUAUCAUGAUGCCAUGAUGCAAAUCUAUGAUGCAACCACACUUGGAGUACAGUGUACAGUUCUGGAUGCCUCAACUCAAAAUGGAUAUUGUUGAGUUGGAAAAUAUUUAGAAAAGGGCAACAAAAUACCCAUUUGGGUCUUUUUAGUUUAAAGAAAAGGCAAGUAAGAAGACACAUGAUAGAGGUAUAUAAAAUUGUGGGUGCUGGGAAGAAAGUGGCUAGAGAAAGGUAUUUCCCCCUCUCUCAUAAUACGAGAACUCAGGGAUGUUGAAGGAAGGUGAAAGUUGAAAGAUUCAGGACAGACAAAUGAAUGUAUUUCUUCACACAUUGCAUAGUUAAACUGGGAAGUUCACUCCCACAAAAGGCAGCGAUGGCCACCAAUCUGGAUGGAUUUAAAAGAUGGCGGAGGGGGCUAUCAAUGGCUACUAGCUAUGAUGGCUGUGUUCUGCCUCUACAGUCAGAGGCAGAAUCCCAGUUGCUUCUGAAUCCCAGUUGCUGGACCUUGUGUGGGAUGCUCUUGCGCUGGCGGGUUUCCCACGGGCUUCUGGCUGGCCACUGUGAGAACAGGCUGCUGGGCCUGACCCAGAAGGCUCUUACAUUCUGAUGUUCUUAAAUGUAAGAAAAUGAAUUUAACUCAAUGCCUGGGGAAAGAUGGCUGAAGCACUGAGCAGGUGUACACGCUGCAGGGAACCCAGCCAAGGUGCUAAGCCAGCGUCUGUGUCCCCUUCUCCCAGAUGUAUAGCUGUGAACUGGAAGAAGUGCCUGAAUUCCAUGGCCUACAGGAUUUCUGCCAGACCUUUCAGCUGCACCGAGGGCUGGUGAAAGAUGAUGACCCCAGAGUGGGGGGUCAGUUCAAGGUGAGGGCCUGCCCCAAGUGGCCCUGCUUUCCAGCCAUCUAUAAAAAUCCACAGAAAUUCCACCCUGGAGACUGUUUUCAGGAGACUGACUUCCCACUCUGCUUCAGGUGUAUAUUAAACAACAUAUAGUCUUCAGAAGCAGAGUUGCCAAGUUUUGCAUGUGGGUUUCAUCCCCAGGAGUAGCCUGACUAGCCAGUGUUGCAGCAAAAGCAGCACAACGUCUUUGGCACCUUAAAGACUAACAAAUUGUCGUGGCGCACACUUUCAUGGACUAGAGUCCAGUUUUCUUUGUGCAAGGCUUCUUGGUCUCUUGGCAUCUGCAUGAGAAGCAGGAAAUCAGCAGGGGAGAGAUUAUGGCAGCUUCGAGCAACAACAAGCUGUAUUCUUGAAGCCUUUCCAGGCAGUAGCGGCUGGGGGGGGGGUGUAGGUGGGGCUGCAUUGCUCUCCCAGCUUCCCAACACCUUGCACCCCUUGCCAAGAGCAGGGCGCUCAGCAUGGAACAGGCACAGCAGCACAGAGCAAUGAGCAUUGGGCAGCCAGGACAACAAUGUGGCCUUGCCAGCUGCUACUUCUGGGGUGGGGGCAGUGGAGCUGGUAACUAAAUGAAACAGUGCUUUCUCCGGCAGGGACUUUUCCGGAUCUAUCCUUUACCAGAAGAUCCCAACGUCCCACCCCCUCCACGCCAAUUCCAGGAACUUCCCGACAACGUCUGCGAGUCAUGUCUGGUCCGGAUUUACAUCAUCCGAGCCUUUAACCUAGAGCCAAAGGACAGCAAUGGUCUGGUAAUCACAACAGCUUUGUUCUUUUGCUUGCCUGCGGUUCUCGCUUCCUGCUCUGAGCUUCCCUGUGUGAUGUGAUAGGAGGCUUCCUCUACAGCAGGUGUGGCUGGACCCUGUUUGAGGAUCUGGUCUCCUAACAUUCUGCAUUGAACUGUGUCCCCUUACAGUGUGACCCCUACAUCAAAAUCAAGGUCGGGAAGAAAAAGGUUGGAGAGAGGGAGGAGUAUAUUCCCAACACUCUGGAGCCCGUCUUUGGGAGGUAGGUCUGGCACACUCCCUCAGAGCCUCUGCCUGCUAAGGCUAAUCUCUUCGCGCUCAUUCUGCGGAUGCUGUCCCCACCUCUGGUACAGGGCAGGGCAGGAAGCUACUGGGAUAGGAAAGGGUUGUUAAGACACAGGUGCAUCCCUACCAUGACUUAUCCUUGGAAUGUGCAGAGCACAACAAGCGUUCAGAGGUGGGAAGGGAAAGGGAUUAUUUCCUCUCCUCUUUUCCGUUUUUUUAUAUAUAAUUUUUAUUAAAUUUUCUGUUUUACAAUUUUAAAUACACAUUUAAACAUCCUUAAAAUAUCAAUGACUUCUCUUCUUCUUUUAUGGUUCAUUUUGCAUACCAUAAAUCCCUAAGGGACCCCUGACCAUUAGGUCCAGUCAUGACCGACUCUGGGGUUGUGGUGCUCAUCUCGCUUUAUUGGCCAAGGGAGCUGGCGUACAGCUUCCGGGUCAUGUGGCCAGCAUGGCUAAGUUGCUUCUGGCAAACCAGAGCAGCGUGCGGAAACGCCAUUUACCUUCCCGCCAGAGCGAUACCUAUUUAUCUACUUGCACUUUGAAGUGCUUUCAGACUGCUAGGUUGGCAGGAGCAGGGACCAAGCAAUGGGAGCUCACCCCAUCACGGGGAUUCGAACCGCCGACCUUCUGAUCGGCAAGUCCUAGGCUCUGUGGUUUAACCCACAGCACCACAUAUUUUACGUAAACUAUAAACCAUUCAGUAUUCCAUUAUUACACCCACCAAAACUUAUUUACACUGUUGAAUUUAUCUUAAUGCUGCCAACGUUUUCAAGUGUACACAAUUUCCCCCCAUAUAUUCAAUAAAUAUUUUCGAAUCUUCUCUAAAUGUAUGUUCUUCUUGUUCUCUUAUUCUAUGUUAGGUCCGCAAGCUGCACAUAUUCCAUCAGCUUAUGCUUUCCAUUCUUCUUUAGUUGGGACCUCACUCAUUUUCCAUUUUUGAGCUAAGAAAAUGCGGGCCGCAGUAGCGGCAUACAUACAUAUUUAUUUAUUCCUCUACUCUUUUCCUUGACCGCCACAGGAUGUUUGAGAUUAUGUGCAACAUCCCAACAGAAAAAGAACUGAAGAUCUCAUUCUAUGACUUUGACAUGUUUUCCCCUGAUGAUGUAAUUGGAGACACCACCAUUGACCUGGAGGACCGGAUCCUGUCCCGCUAUGGAGCCAACUGUGGCCUUCCACAGUCCUACUGCGUGUAAGUAGCAAUGAGCAUAGGUGUUAAGCGGGUGCCUUCUGGACUCACGCAGGCAGCUGCUUCAGAUGGGCUCAUUGUCAGAGCCCAUGCUUUUGCUGCAAGAGCUGGGAGCAGCCAGUUCAAGGGGGCAGCCCCACAGAGAUGCCUUCCCCAACAGCAGUGUCAUUGCCACGUCCCCUGGCAGGGCAGGAGCACCAGCCUUAACUAAUGAACUGCCAGUGGUCAUUUCAUAAGCUACAUAUCAAUGUUUCAUCAACAAAACACUCGGUUUUUAGGUCACGUUUGUCUUCUCUCUGUGAUCCACAAUAUACCUGCCCUGAAGCACCAGAAAUAUUUCCACUAUGUGUUCAUCUUACCGUUUUAGCAAACAAUAUUAAUAUUAGCUUAACAAGUUCCUUCUCUUUAAAGUCUCUAUUUACUUUUCCAGAGAUAGGAAUGAAGUAGGUGAAAUGAAAAUGAACAAUUAGCUAAUCUUUCUUCCCAACAGAGCAGAAAAAUCAUUGCCCUGUAGACAUUUUUUAGGGCAUUAAACCAGUUCAUGAAAUAAACAUUUUCUGCAGUCUAGGAGAAACUAAAUCCCUCAGGUAGCCCCCCCUGCAGAUGCCACUUGACCUCCUGAUCGCUCCUUUCUCGUACAGAUGUGGCCCCACCCAGUGGCGAGACCAGCUUCUUCCAAGCCAGCUCUUGGAGAAUUAUGCUCGGACCAAGAACAUACCUCAGCCAGAUAUAAGUGAAGAUGGCAGCAGAGCCACUUUCCGAAGCAAGAUUUAUCAGCUGUCUGACUUUGGUAAGUACUUCAAAAUAUUCCCACGGAGCAAGAGAGAAGGGGGCUUGAGCUGCUCUGAAGGUUGAGCCCGAGGUCAGCACCUGCCACUGGCAUCACUAAGCACCUGCUAAAGGGAGCCCACUGCCAAUCCUUUGAAGCUCUGGCUUGCUGUUCCUCCUCCUCGUUGUUGCUUCCUGCUCACCUGUCCUCUCUGGGUGUGAGAGCAAUGGUUCGGCACAUAUUUAAUGCUAAAGGAAGAUUAAUUAAACUAUAGUUUGUUACGCUAUGCCUUAGCAUUAUGUGUGAACCGUGCCCAAUGACUUCACAAAAUGGUUUGUUUAUUGCCAACAAAGCAUGAUCUGAAGCCAUGGAUAUUUGGUGGCUUUCAGCCCAUGGUUUGUUUUAUUUAUAGCUUGGUAUUAUGUGUGAACCCAGCACCUGUCCUUAACCAUGGUUUGUCUGACAUUCACCAAGCAGCAAAUUAUUAUUAUUAUUAUUAACAUUUGUAUACUGCCAUAUACCCACAGGCCUCAGGGUGGUUACAACAUAAAAUCACAAUAAACAAACAAAGAAAGAUAAUAAUGAUGAUGAUAAUAGUAAUAAUAAUAAUAAUAAUAAUAAUAAUAAUAAUAAUAAAUCCAAUAAAUCCCCACCCAAUAAAUCCCCACAAAGGUUUGUGGGAAGAGCAUAAUGCAAGGGAAAAUGCUCCCCCAGAAGAAGCACUCUGCAAAUGUGCUCAUGUUGCACAAUGCGUAUAAGUUGUAGAACACAGGCUGCCUUGGAGCAGAAUUUUAUUUGUAAUUGUGGCCCCCUUUGCCCUGCAUGGAAGUCUGUGAUACAUUUGGCUGAAUAAGUGCUGAUUCUAUUGUACUUGACACUCCCCUUUCAGAGACUAAACUACCUUCACAUGGCUUCCUGGGGCCUCCAAAAGAGCGCAUGGCUCUCCAUCUCCUCCACACCUGUGGGCUGGUGCCUGAACACGUGGAGACUCGUGGCAUCUACAGCGCUACCAAUCCAGGGAUCCAGCAGGUAAAUUUCCUGCCUCCAUUUCCCCACUGCACCAGGAGUAGCCAGUUGCUGUGAACUCCAGCUCCCACCAUCCCUGACAACUGCUGAAGGGUGCCAAGUUAGCUGCUGCUGAGCCUACACAUUUGGUGGUUGCUGGAAGAGAGAAGCUUCACUAUUUGCCCCUGUAGUCUGGCUCCCCUUCACAGGUGGGAAGCUUAGAGCAGCUACACACUUGGCUGACAUGUUCAUUUAUCCUACAUAAAACUACAGCAAACUCAUUCUCCAAGUGCUGACACUUACGUAGCCCAAACAGUACCAUCCACUCAGAAGAGAGCUUAAUCCCAAGGAUCGGGGGCAAGGAGUCUCCAAAACAACACAAUAAGGACUGAGCAUGCUCAGCGGGCAAAGACUGUGUCCAAUGCCAGUCGUGCUCAACGUAGACCCAUUGAAAUUAAUAGGCAUGUUCAUUAUGUUCAUUAAUUUCAAUGGGUCUCACUGAGUAGAAGUUGGUUGGCUAAACCCCAGAAUGCUGGGAGUUGAUGGAGGGACAGAAAAGAAUAGUAUCCUGUAAAAGGGGUGGCUGGCAGGAAAUCUGAACAGAAGCACAUCUGUCAGCAAGAUUUUCCUGCAGGUCCGACUUACUGUUCAUUUAUUAUAAUUGCAAUAUAUAUCCAACCAUUCUAUGCAAAGCAUUCAAAGUGGCUUACCAAGUGAUGAUGGUUAUGAUUUUUUAAAAUGCUAUAAACCCAUUUUUAAAAGUGUGUGAUGAUAAAAUAAGAACAGGUGAAACCAACAAGAACUGCCCUGUUAAAGGAUAUUAAAGUAAGCCAUGCAUUUAAAAAGCCAAGGCAGCUUGACAAACCAAAACCAAAUUUCCACAUAAGCUUUGUGCAGGAGGAUCAGGAUGGAUGCCUGAUAAAUAGGUCUUCUGCAGAGACCCUAAGGAGAGAAUCCCAGAGGUAAGGCCCAGCCAGUGAGUGAGGAAGGCCUCUCAUUGCACCCUUGCCAAACAUGCCUUAGACAGUAUGUUUAGAUGCUAUCUACAUGCCUUAGGCAGGACUGAGAUGGGGACCUUUCAAGAAGAUCUCAAGACUUGGGUUGGUUUGUGCAGGAGAACUUGAUCCUUCAGCCAAGAUGGCCCCAGGCCAUUUUGCCUCACAACCAGCAAUUUUAAUGGUGCCCAAGAAAAUCUACAUCUGGUUGAACCCAGUAUAUGUCAUAGAUUACUCUAAAUUAUAGUUUUGUGAGAAAUCCGUCAUCCAACAGAACUACAAUUCCCAGGGUUCUUUGGGUGGGAGUUGAAGCUGCUUUCAGUAUAGUAGAUGUUACCCUAAAUACUCCUGCCCCAGACCCAUUUCCUCCCCAUUUGGCUGCAGGAGGCAAGGAUAAGUUUGGCACUGACCCCCAGGAGACAUUUCAGACAAGCUGAAGUACUGUAAUAUCCUAAAUAGGUGCUGGUAGAUGAAAUGGAACCUGCCUUUUGAAGCAGAGUGGCACACACUGGAAUUGGAAAGAAAGACCAGCCUUCUUGCCUGCAGGUCUGAAUUUGCAGACUCCUUUAUAAAUCUUGUGCCCUAUAGCCCAAACCUGGAGGACCCCACAGGGCAUUGAACUAGAAUUGUGGCUUAAGAAAGUCUGGAAGUUAGCAAUUGCUGAAGAAAUAAAAUGUGAUGUAGCAAUCUUGAAGGGGAAAAAGAAACCAGUUGCAUUGCAGGCUGUUUGGUGGCAGUUUAUUACAUAGGCGAACAUGUAAUAUGGUUUACAAAACACCUUGUCACCAGCAUCAGCACAAAUCCGGAUGCCAUUGUUAUGUUUCUGCUCCUAACUUUGUCCUUGGACAUCUCAGUCUCUUCUGGCCAGUUAAAAUGGUGACAUUAUCCUGGCAAUAUGCUCUGUAAGGUCCCUGCAAGAACAGCAGAGAAAAUGAAUGAAAUAGGUAACAGUGAGUAUACAUGAGAAUACAAUUACUUGCCUGGUUUCUGGCAUAGGGAGGAGGAUGUGGUUGUUUUUUUUUAUCUCUUGUUAUGUUCACUGUCUGUUUUGUGACUAUACUUUAUGUACAUCACUGAAGUACCAACUGAAAAACAUUAAGAAUGUGCCUCUCUUCAUAUCCAGGGGAAAGUGCAGAUGUGGGUCGACAUCUUCCCAGAAAACAUAGGUGAGCCAGGACCUCCUUUUGACAUCACCCCAAGGAAGCCCAAGAAGUAGGUGCACCAAACACAGCCACCCCAACCCUUUUAAAGACCCAGAACUAUUUGCACCAGCAUAGCACAUUUUCAGGAUGGUUGAAUGAGAGUGUCAGGGUGCAGGUGGACGUGGAUGCUGGAUCUGACCACCCCAUGUCCGCUGUUGCAUACUUGUCAUUGUUUCUAAUCCCAGAGCAUGACACAAGGGGGAAGCUGGUUCACAAAGGCAUCUACUGGUGGCGCCCCUGCUCUUAGGGAAGGGCUACAACUCAGUGCUAGAGCAUUUGCUUUGCAUUCAGAAGGUUCCAGCUCCAAACCCCACUGGCAUUUCCACACUGGACUAGAGCGGGGUUGCACAGAAAGUUUUCCAGUAAAAGUCCUUGUUAGCCUGCCCUGUUCUUGUAUAUAGCAGGAAGAGGAAUCCCUUAAAGCACCCUCCCAGUAGCACCAAGACUCUCCGGUUUGUCUCCUCUGUAGGCACGAACUUCGCUGCAUCAUCUGGAACACCAAAGAUGUGGAUCUGGAAGACACCAACAUUUUUGGAGACAGGAUGAGUGACAUCUAUGUGAAAGGGUACAAGAGAACAGAGGCAGAAGGUUUAUGGCAGCCCAACUCCUGUGGUGGCAAGUGACCAACAACUGGUCUUAUUUGCAGAUGGAGAGCUAUCUACCAGUCCUAGCCAUAUUUCCUUUGAGGUGUCAUGGAGCUAUGAUUCCCAAACUGUUAUAGCCCCAUUUGCAUAACAAAACCAUUCAUGAAUUCAUUCAUCAAUUGUGUUGCUUUUCUCCAAAGAACCAAGGUGGUUCACAACAAUCAAAUGAAGCAGCAGUUCACAAAGGAGAGACUAGUAGCUAAAGAUUUGGCUGGUGCUUCUGCAUCAACUUGUGCACCAGAACUUUCUCCUUCUCCUGGUAUAGAGAACCUUUGCUCCUCUGCCACAUUUGUAGCUGAACUGCAACUCCCAUCAGCCUUCAGAAAGGGUUGCCCCAAUAGUCUAAUGCAAGAAAUAAAAGAUGGGUUUUCUGGCACCUUAAAGGGGUGAAAAAUAGCCUUUGCCAACCUAGUGUCCUCUAGAUGUUCUGGAAUGCAACUCCCAUCAUCACCAGCCUGCAUGGCCUUGUGUUGCUGAGGCUGAUGGGAGUUGGAGUCCAAAAGAUUCAGAAGGCCUCAGGCUGGGGAAGAUUGGGCUGGAUGAUACACUCCAGCAGCAGAGAUGUCAGGGGAACCUGGACUUUUUGCUCUGCAUUCAGCUCCCGCCUGUCCCUUGCCUAAGGGUCAUGGAGGAAGAGGGACAUCUCUCCCAAAGCUGCCAGCGGGACUAGAUGAUGCAGCUUUUAUUGCCAAUGUACCCAAGUGUGCCCUAGAAUCUGGGAUGGGGCAAAAGAGUUCCUAUGAACAACUCCAGCAUCUCCUUUGCCCUGGUUCCAGGUGGAUGGAUGGCCUGGAGGAGGACAAGCAGAAGACAGAUAUCCAUUAUAGGUCCCUGACAGGAGAAGGCAACUUCAACUGGCGCUUUGUGUUUACCUUGGAGUACCUGCCCAUGGAGCAGGUCUGCGUUCUCACCAAGAAGGUAGGUGGAAACUGAAACAGAGCAUUGCUCCAAUUUAGAAAAAGGGAGGUGGCCUUGGCUCCCUCAAAGCUUACCUUACCCCAUAGGAGCGCCCUCAACCACGUGGACCGCCAGAACUGGCACCUUUACAAUUGACAUAGCAUGCCUGCUCUGCACUUGCAAGGAAUCAAUCUCUUAAUGUGUGGCAGCACCUAUUCUUCCGAACUCUCUGUAGGCACCUUUGCUGCAGUCUUGUUGAUACCAGCUUUAAAAAAUCCUUUUUGCGUAGGCCACGCCUAGACAGAUAUGAAAAUUUAUAGCAUGUAGUUUUUUUCUCCCAUUUUAACAUUUUAAUAUUUUUAUUUGUUUUUAAAAUCAGUUUAUUUUAUUGGUGUUUUCUUGUGAAUAUUUUAUAUUCAUUUAUGCAAACUGCUUUGAUUAUUAUUAUUUGUUUUGACUAAGUAGUACAUAAAUUUUGUUAAACUUGAAUGAAUGAAUGAAUGAAGGAGGGUUGUGUAUGGACAACCAGCAAAGCCCUCUCUAUCCUCCAUCUCACAAAUCCAACUCAAGAGAUUAUGAUUAUAUUAUUAUUUCUUGAAUUUAUAUACUGCCCUAUAGCUGGAGGUCUCAGGGUGGUUCACAGAAAAUAUCUCUCUGCAUAUCAUCUGCUGGAGGAUAAUCAGAGGCACAUUGACAGGCACACGGCUCUCUGUGGUGCACACAUCAUUUUAAUGGAUACUCUCAUUCAUAUUCUGGCACACUUAGUCCAUGUAAAUUUAAUAGCACUUAUAGUUCUCAGAUGCAGGGCACUUCCAGGCUGUUGCCUAGUGGGUUUCAAUCAUGUAGCAGCAAUCACAGCUGAUUAGGAGGUCCCAUGCAACAAAUAAGUAAAUAAAACCAUUUCCCCCAAAAGAUCAGACUUUUUGCAAUAUAGGAAGUGACAGGAAAGUGCCCUGGAAAGUGUGGAAUAAUAACAUUGGCUUUCAUAUGACAUAUUCUAACACACACACACACACACACACACACACACACACCCCAAAAAAAAUAGACUGAUUUUUAAGGAAUUUGGCCCUUGAAUUGAAAAUGGCUCCUAAACCCUGUUCUGCAUUGAGUGGCAAGAGCUCUCUGGGUUCCCUGGCAGACAGGGGAUCUUUCCCAUUAGCUGCUGCUGAGAAUCUGGAGCUGCCUCAUGAAACACAGGGGCUCUGUCUCUGGGGAUGCUCCAAUCCCACAAAGCACUUUAUAUGGAAAGCGCUUCUUCUUCUUCUUCUUCUUCUUCUUCUUCUUCUUCUGGAAUCCCUGGUAGCCGAGUAGGAUUGUCUUCCAUGAACACGGUUUUAACAGUGAGUCUGUGACUGUGGAGCCCAAUUCUGGAUCCACACGUCCUUCCACAGUGGGGACAUAGGUCUCUGGGCAGGAGUAGAUCACAAUGAGGGUUUGCCAAAUGUGCCUUCCUCUUAGCACAUUUCUCCCUUAUCAUGGAGGAGCUGAAUGAUGUUCACAAAUUUAUCUGGGCAGCCAAUUUUCAGAAGAACAGUCCACAGUCCAAAUCGCAUUGCUAUUUACAAUGUUGAAGGCCUUAGUCAGGUCAAUAAAUGCCAUAUACAUGGGUUGGCUUUGCUCUCUGCAUUUUUCUUGAAGCUGUUGAGCAGUGGAAAUCAUGUCCACUGUCCCCCUAAAAGGUCUAAAACCAUUUUGGGAUUCAGGAAGGGUCACCUUGGAUAUUGUUAAGAGAUGGUUUGCUAAGAUCCUUGCAAGAAUUUUACUGGCUGCAGCUAACAGAGAGAUGCCUCAAUAGUUUCUGCAAUCAGUUCUGUCACAUUUUUUCGAUGAGCUUGUGAAGUUGUUGCGUAAGUUCAAUUCCACCCACUUUGAAGACUUCAGCAGGUAUCCCAUCAGGUCCACUGGCUUUGUUGUUUUUCAUUUGAUUAAUAGAUGUACAUAACGCACCCAGAUUUGGAGAUACUGCAAGCUCAUCUCUAAUUUGUUUUUGCAGAAUUUGUGAGAGGACCUCAGCAGCUACAGGGAAGUUGCGGUUAAGGGGAUGCUGGUAAUGUUAUUUCCAGUGCAGUGCAAUAGCUUCUUUAUCUUUUAGAAGUGUGGUACCAUCUGUUGAGUGUAGGGGGCAUAUGCCAUGAUUUACUGGCCCAUAGAUGGUCUUUGUGGCUUUAAAGAAAUUCUGUGCAUCAUGAGUGCCAGCUAAGUGCUGGAUCUCUUGAGCUUUUUUUUUUUUUAAUCCACCAGGUGUUUUGUAGUUCUCUGGUUCUUCUUUGAAUCUCAGCCUUAGCGUUGGCAUAGGUUUCUUUCUUAGUGGCACAGUUUCUAUCUCUUUGUCAGAUCUGAAAGGCCUUCCUUUUCUUGUCAAUCAUGCGUCCAAUCUCACUGUCAUUCUCAUUAAACCAGUCCUGGUGUUUCGGUUUGGUAUCCAAUAGUUUGUUCACAGGCUGCAAUAAUGGAUGUUUUUAGCUUGGUCCAGCAUUCCUCAAUGUUAUCAGGGAAUUCUGAAAGCAGGCGGUCCUUAAGAGUUGUCUGGAAGCAAUCCUGCUUAAUGGGAUCUUGAAGGGCUUGAGUGUUCAUUUUGCACCUUGGUUUCCUUCCUUGAAGCCUGCAUUGAGAUAUAAUCUUGAUAGCCAUCGUGGAGCGUAUUAGUCGGUGAUCUGUCCAGCAGUCAUCGGCGCUCGUCAUAGCUCUGGUAAGGAGCAUAUCACGGCGAUCUUUAGCACGGACAAUAACAUAGUCUAAGAGGUGCCAGUGGUUUGACCGAAGAUGCCUCCAAGAUGUUUUAAAUUUAUUUUUUGUUGUUGAACGAGUGUGUUGGUAAUAACAACAUUGUGCGCUGCACAUAUCAAAAGUAAGAUUCCAUUCUGGUUGCUGUUGCCAAUUCCUUCUUUCCCAAUAGUCCCAGGCCACAGAUCAAAAUCUUGCACAUCAUGGCAGCAGCAGCAGCGGUGGCAUGGGCCUUAGUUAAUUUUUCACAAUGCACAUUUCCCCCUUGAAAUGCACAUUUCUUGAAACAAUUCCCUCUCCAUUUCAUCAGUUUACUUUAAUACUGUUGUUGUUGAUGAUGAUUUGGCAUGUCACUUGUGAAUUUUGAGAGUCACCCCAGCACAACACACAGCGAUCGUUUUUGUUGCAAGCAAACUAAAAACUUGCUUCAUCACCAGGAAUAUGAUCCAUGUCCCUAGUCAGCUUAAUGAUCUAAAUUUCUGUGAAAAUAGUCAGGGGGCCCAAUGUGCUUCCUCUAGUGAAUAGCCCUGGAGCAACUGGCCGGCUUCUCUAGCUACUAAACUUGAAUACUCCAAGUUGGUGCUGCCACCUAGUGUCAAGUGUUUUACCACACGCCUUUCUCUGGAAAGCACUGUUUCAUGCUGCUAUAUUAUAGAAUCAUAGAAUUGUAGAGUUGUAGAGUUGGGACGGACACUGAGGGCCAUCUAGUCCAACCCCCUGCAAUGCAGGAAUCUCAACGAGAUUAUACAUGACAGAUGGUCAUCCAACCUCUGCUUAAACACCUCUAAGGAAGGAGAGUCCACCACCUCCCGAGGGAGAUUGUUCUACUGUUGAUCAGCGCUUACUGUCAGAAAGUGUUUCCUGAUGUUUAGUCAAGAUCUCCUUUCUUGUCACUUGAAGCCAUUGGUUUGAGACCUACCCUCCAGAGUCAGAGAAAACAAGCCUGUUCCCUCUUCCAUGUGACAGCCCUUUAGAUAUUUGAACAUGGCUAUCAUAUCUCCUUUCACUCUCUUCUUUACCAGGCUAUGCAUGCCCACUUCCCUCAACCGUUCCUCAUAAGGCUUGGUUUCCAACCCCUAGUUGUCUUGCUUGCCCUCCUCUGUGCACAUUCUCCUCUGCUCCUGCCCCACAGCCUCGGCACCAGCUCCCAGGUGUGGUGGAGCUGGUCCUGACUUGAGCUGGUCCUGCCUUGACGCCUGUCCUGCGUCUCCCAUUUCAACAGCCCUUCUUCUACCCUGUUUGCAGCAACAUUUCUGGAGCCUUGACGAGACCAUGCAGAAAGUGCCCCCCAAGCUCAUUAUCCAGAUCUGGGACAAUGACAAGUUCUCAGCUGACGACUUUAUAGGUAAAAAGAAUCCUGCACCUGGGGGGCAAGACAAGGCUUUUCACCCCAUGUCCUAUUUCAGGGUGGGGAAGCUUCUUCACCCUGAGGACCGCUUUCCCUUCUGGGCAGCCUCCUAGGGGCCACAUGAAAGUGGCAGGCAGGGCCAGAGCCAACAGUGGGCAAAGCCAUAGCUUUGGAUUUUGGCUUGUACAGUCGGCUAGGUUCCCUGUGCAUAUGCACACAUGCACACUGUCCUCCACCCAGAGAUGCAAGAAGCAUUAACAGAGACCCUAGUUGUAUUCUAGCCAGGUAUCAUGGACUGGUUGGACGCAGUGGGAGGAACCAGCUGAGGGAACCUCCAAGGGAAGAAGGCUCAGAGCCCAGGGAGGGGUGAUGGGACAGCAAUGGGUGGUCAGAAGGGGAUGAGGGAGAAGACUGGGAGGAUCAGGUGUCGGAAGCUGGAGAGGUAACAGGGCUUAGUGAGUUGGAGGGAGUCUAUGGCAGACAGAAGUCCAGAAUCAGAGGCAAGAGCUGAAGCAGGGGAGGAGGGAGGCCACUGUUCGACAGUGGAAUUUGCUGUCAAGGAGUGUGGUGGAGUCUCCUUCUUUGGAGGUCUUUAAGCAGAGGCUUGACAACCAUAUGUCAGGAGUGCUCUGAUGGUGUUUCCUGCUUGGCAGGGGGUUGGACUCAAUGGCCCUUGUGGUCUCUUCCAACUCUAUGAUUCUAUGAUUCUAAGAGGCAGAGAAGUCAGGUUGCUGAAGAAGCAAGAGGGCCUCUCCCUUCUGCUGAGAUAAGCUCUUCUCCCGUCUGAUCUCCCAGAAGCAGAAGACGCAUGAAAAGAGUGGAGGCAGAGUCUCUAAAUGCUUGAGAAAAACCUUGGAGAGGAGGGUACUCAGAUGACCGGGGGGGGGGUACGGAUGGACUUUCAGUCUUGGCAACUGAGCUAUGGGGCAAGACCUACCAGGGACGGGCUGCUGUGCUCAUUAGGCUUGAUACGCCACCAAGUCUGUGCAGAUCAUGUUCUUCCAAAUAAAAAGUUAGCUUCAACUUGCACAGUGUGAUUUAUUGUUGGCUUGCUCCUGACACCAGGCAAAAACACUCAUGGAGGGUGCAGGGUGUGGCCUGGGGAGUGUGGCUGUGGCUGUGGCCAGGAUGCGGCCUGAAGAGAGUCCAGAUGGAGGGCUGCAUUUCCCCCCUGGCCUGAGGUUCCCCUGCCUUCCCCUGCCGUCAAACAUGCCAUCUGUCCCUGUCCUUCACAAAGCAUGGAGACUGAGCACCUGAUUCCACUUGCAGGAAUCCUGGAGCUGAACCUGAACAGCAUGCCUAGCCCCGCCAAGCGUCCCCGCGACUGCACCGUGAAGAUGCUGCUGGAGGACACCGGGGCCACCACCUCCACCUCUUUUUUCCAUCGCCGCAAACGGAAACCUGUCUCCCUGUUCAAGCAGAGGGAAAUGAGGGGAUGGUGGCCCUGCAUCGUCUUUGAGAAAGACAAGCCUCGCGUGUCGGUCCGUAAGGCAUCAUAAGCCAGAUCUACCACACCUCUGCCUGUUGGGACUUGGGUCUGGGGAGCAAAGAAUAGCAAGUAGAACAGAGGGGAGUGGAGGAGUUCACUUCAUGAACUCCUAAGCCUGCCUUUCAGAAGUUUUGGACUGUGAAAAACAGCCACGUUGGCUGGGGCUGGUGGGUGGAGCCUCUGGAGGGCUCUCAGCUCUGCCUGUCUUGUUCUGGACCUUCUCUAACUCUUCCCAGCUCUGCUGUAGCAAAAGGUUUUCCAAAUGUACCAUGUGUCCCAUUCUCCACCUUUCCUUCCCUCCAAGUAUUCAAGGCUGGGCAUGCCUUGAACAGGACUAACAGGAAAUGCCAAAUUAAGAAUGGUGGCACUAUAGACACACCGUUCUAUGCAAUUGCUGGAAGAGAAGAUACCCCAAUGAACAGAAGAACCACACCCAUAUAUUGAAAAAUAUGCAUACAUUGGGUAUUUAGUUGAGGAGUUACACUAGUGUAAUGACUUUCAGCUAUGCAAUUUAACACCCCAUUCCCUGCCCCCCCCACCACCUAAAUCUGAUCCAUAGGUUUCUCCAGCCAGUUGGGAGUGGGGAGAAAGUAGAAGUUACGCUUUGCAAUUUUGAGUCAUUGCUCUUUUCCGUUGAAUACCCUGGAAACCCCUCUGCCCAUCCUCUCUUGUUCUCUUAGGGCAAGGUGGAAAUGUCCUUGGAGCUGCUGACAGAAAAGGAGGCUGAAGAGCGGCCAGCUGGGAAAGGAAGAGAGGAGCCCAACAUGAACCCAGUUCUGAAGCCACCAGAGUAAGACUGCAGCGCCUGUGGUGCCCCCUGCUGCAUGAACUACUGGGGAGGUAGAAAUGGGGAAGGGGAUGUCAUUGUGUCAAGAAGGAAGCCUUUGCCAAUCUAGUACCUUGCAGGUGUGUGGGGCUAUAGCUCCCAUCAGCCCUGUGCUUGGCUGGGGCUGAUGAGAACUGCAGUCCAAAACAUCUGGAGAGCACCAGGUUGGCAAAGGCUGAGGCAGAGCAUGUUUCCAAAGAUUUGGUGGCUGGGAGGCUUCUGUAUGAGAGCUACACCAAUUAAGCCACAUGCACCCAGUUUGGCUAGCCUGCUCUGAGCACUGUGCCCUCUGGCACUCUCCCUGCCCAUGCCUGCCUGGCAUCUGUGUGGGCCCUGAGGACCUUUCCUAGCUGUACUGGUACCGCUCUAAGCAGCACUGGGCACCUAGGUGCAGCCACCCUUUGAAUUUUCCACGAGAGACAUUAGGUUCUGGAUACUGCUUGGUAUCCCGUUUUUAUAUGCAAACAUAUUGAAACUACAUGGUAUAGUUUUUAUAUGUUUGCAUUGUUUUUAUGCAUGGAACUGUUCAUAACUGUUUUGUGUCUCUGACUUUAAAAUUGUUUUAUUCAAGCUGGCACCCCUGCUGGGGGCAUCCCCUGCCUGAAACCCUAGAGAGCUGCUGCCAGUCGGCGUUGAACAGUUGCAGGGAACCUUUGGCCUUCCAGGUGUUGCUGAAGUGCAACUCCCACACCCCAGGCAAACACAGCUAAUGGGCAGGUAUCAUGGGAGUUGUAGUUAAGCAACAUCUGGAGGCCCAGAGGUCCUGAUGUAUACCAUAUCGAACUAGGUGGGCCAACAGUCUAACUCAGUGUACGUCAGCUCCCCAUGUUCUUAAGCCAGGGAAGAUGGAGACAGCUGCUGUGGGCAACAUCUGCUUAACUUUUCUUGCCCCUUCCUUCUCCCCAUGACCAGGAGACCAGAGACCUCUUUCCUGUGGUUUACAGCCCCGCUGAAGAGCAUCCACUUCGUUGUGUGGCAGAAGAGCAAAUGGAAGCUCUUAAUUUUCCUUUGCUGUGUGCUGGUGAUUUUGCUGUUCGCAGCCUUCAUCUACGCAGCUCCUGUGAGUCUGCUCAGGAAGAGCAAAGGGGACCAGGCAGCUUGGGCUCAGCCACAUACCUUGCUAGAUCUUACCCAGCUCUGCCCCACUAGGUGCAGCAUCAAUCCAGGCUAGACUGUUUGGGAGUGGGGUUGCUGUAGUUCACCAGGCUUCAUUCGUCCUCAGUGGGAAAUCUCUCUGCCUUAGAGCAGGACUACAGGGCCUGCAUCUCAUGUUUGGGCUUAGAGACUUAGGGGUGCUGUUGGGCUUAGAGACUUAGGGGUGCUGUUGGUGUACUAGCACCAACAACAUCCUCCCUGACCAAGCUGGCUGAGGUAGUCUUGAGCAGUGUGCUGAUGGAAUCCCAGAUGAUAAUUCUGGGUGACAUCAACUUUCACACCAAUGCUGCCGUUGGGUCAUUGCUUCAGGAUUCCAUGGCAACCAUGGUGCUGUCUCAGGUCAUCUUCAACCCAAUGCACAAAGGACCUACCCUUGACUUGGUCUUUGCUCCAAAAGGGAUGAAAAGUGAUCUGGAAUUGGGUAUGUCAUUCCAUCAUUAUGGUUGGACCACGUCCUGAUGCAGGUUGGACUCAUAGCAGCUAUCCCUCUCUGCAAUUAAGGUGUUCCACCCUCUGAGAGCUACGGAUUCUGGUGGAUUCCUGAAUGCUCUGAGGCACUUUCUGGUGGACAGAGCAGGUGAUCCUGUUGAGGCUGUUGUCUCACUAUGGAAUGAAGAGAACUAUUGCAGAGGACUACUGACAUGAUCACUCCUGAGUAUCCUCUUCGGCACUGUGGAGCCUGCAAUGUCCCCCGGUAUUCUACGGAGUUGUGUGCAAUGAAACAGGCUAGAUGACUGCUAUAGUGCUGGUGGUAUAGAUCUUGUUCCAAGGGCUAGCAAGCAGUGAUUAAAGUGCAUAAUCACACCUCCCAUGUGGCAUCAAGGGCAUGGCCUCCACUGUGUCCUCAAGUAAUUGUCCAGGAAAGCUUCUCCAGCUUGUCUGAAACCUGGACUCAUCUGCCGGUAGGAAUGGGCCUCUGGAGGCAAUGAAAGCCUGUUGUGGUCCAUUGUUUUGAGAAUACAGUUUUGCUUGAUGCUGCAACAUUUCCUGAGAGGAAUUUGGGACAUCAGCCUCCCCCCAUCCUGCCACCACCACUUGCCCCCCUCCCACCUUACCUUGACCAUCUGUCCCUCUCCCCACACUGCCAACUGUAGAAACAGAGGCUACAGCAUGCCAGAAGCACAUCAUCAGCAUGCUUCUGGAAAAGAUAGUGGCCUGGGCCACAGGCAGAAGCCAUAGUACUGUGCCCAAAAUGGGACAAAUGGGAUUACUUUCAGAAGCCAAGGUGGCUUCUGUAAAUCCAUGAUAUCCCAGUAAAAUUGGGGCAGUUGGGUGGGAUGCUAUUACCUGUUUUUCCCCCCUUCAGGGCUACCUGGCAAUGAAGAUAAUCAAUCCGAUGGGAGGGAGACGCUCCAUAAUAUACCAAAUGCCUCCAAAGAAGAAGGAAACUCUUGAGAGGCCACCUGAAGAAGCUCCUGAAACACUGCCUCCAGUUGCUAAGAGACCACUCCCAGCUCCCAAUAAGUUGCCACCCACUCCCCAAAAUCUCACAACUCCCGAGGAAACACCCACUACUCUCAAACCUCCCACUCCCAAGAAACCACCUAAAGCUCCCAAGAAACCACCCAAAACUCCCAAGAAACCAGCUCCAAAGAAGCCACCCAAAACUCCCAAGAAACCAGCUCCAGCUCCCAAGAAACCACCCAAAACUCCCAAGGAAUCACCUCCAGUUCCCAAAAAACCAACUCCAGCUCCCAAGAAGCCAUCCAAAGCUCCCAAGAAACCACCCAAAACUCCCAAGGAAUCACCUCCAGUUCCCAAAAAAUCAACUCCAGCUCCCAAGAAACCACCCAAAACUCCCAAGGAAUCACCUCCGGUUCCCAAAAAAUCAACUCCAGCUCCCAAGAAACCAUCCAAAGCUCCCAAAAAACCACCCAAAACUCCCAAGGAAUCACCUCCAGUUUCCAAAAAAUCAACUCCAGCUCCCAAGAAAUCACCCAAGGCUCCCAAGAAACUACCCAAAGCUCCCAAAAAAACACCUCCAGUUCCCAAAAAAUCACCUCCAGUUCCCAAGAAACCACCCAAAGCUCCCAAGAAGCCACCCAAAACUCCCAAGGAAUCACCUCCAGUUUCCAAAAAAUCAACUCCAGCUCCCAAGAAAUCACCCAAGGCUCCCAAGAAACCACCCAAAGCUCCCAAAAAAUCACCUCCAGCUCCCACAAAACCACCCAAAGCUCCCAAGAAGCAACCAUCCACUCUCAAGAAGCCACCACUGAUUCGCAAAAAAAGACGCACCUGGUAG